CGUCUGCAAAUAGUUGGUGAAUUUUCCGUAGACGGUAGAUUUUUUCCCAAAAAACAGUAAAAAUUGUUUGAAUUCCAGCGAAAUCCGGCUUUAAAUUGUGCCUCAGCAAGGAUGGCAUCGGCACAGCGUGCAUUCGCGUCAAAAUUAACCAAGCACAACUCCUCGGAUAUCCGUAAAAAUGUGGCCAACUACCAGCUUCUGUCCAAGAGUGACAGCAGCUCGGUAUGUUCCUCGUCGAUUUCGCUCUGCGAACUAAUCGAACCGAUCGAUUACGAGGAAUUCCUGGCGCAACACUCCAAUCUGCUGAUGCGCGAUUCGCUGCGCUCCAUUCUGGACUUUCCGGGCAAUGACGUUCAGGUUCGGGUGGUUCCGCGGAAGAUUCGAACGAUCGAGCAUGUCGUUCCACAGGAAGAUUUGAGUGAACUUCCGCUACACGUUCAGCAUUGCGUGGAUUGUUUUACGCGACCAUGGAAGGUGGUUGAUUUCGCCCAGCGACAUUAUUCCAGCUCCUGCAAUGCUAGGGAACGGAUUGAUAAGGGAGCAUUGAGUCCCAGUUCGUAUCAACAGGAAUUUGAAAUUGAUCGGGAUUACUUUGGAUGCUCGUCGAUGGAAGAAUCGGUUACAUCAACAACUUUGUAUGCCAGUGAAAGUUGUACACCGAGUAGCCGGCAGUCGAUUGCAAGCUUGUCGUCUGUUUCGACCUGCACAGACACAUUGACACCCAGAGGAUCUUGGGCAUCCUUUGAUUUGAGAAGCUCUGUCAACGAUCCUUUGAUUCCUGGUUUGCUGGACAGAAUUGCUCCGGAAAUAAUUGAUCAAAGUAACGAAAGUAAACGACUAGAGGAACGCCAGGAUGCACUUUUCAGCUUGUAUCCGGAAGCAGAUCCGGAGGAUGCUAUUGAAAAACGAAUGCCAGCAGAAAUGCCUGUAGAACAUUUGGGAAAUCGCAUUCAUGUAAAGUGCUUACAGCUAAAGCUAGAACUAGAGGUAGAACCGAUUUUUGCCUCAAUGGCAAUUUACGAUGCUAAAGAAAAGAAAAAGAUCUCGGAAAACUUUUACUUUGACAUGAAUACGGAAUCGCUACGAAGAAUGCUAGUUUCGCAUCUUCCGUUCGCGGACAUAAGCACACAGGCUAGAGAAGCUAUUUUUGACAUAACAAAUCCAAGUAACGAGCUUUACUUGGUAAUUCGAUUGGAAAAAGUGUUACAAGGUGACAUUAAAGACUCCGUAGAGCCUUACUUGAAGGAAGACAAAGAUAAAUACAAAGAUAAGGCGAAAUCCAAUGCAGCAGACUAUUGUGAUCGUCUGGGAAAAUAUAGAAUGCCUUUCGCUUGGACAGGAAUUUAUCUGACCAACAUUUUCAAUGGCGAUAAUGUAGAGAAAGAAGGCGACCGUGAAAGCAUGAGCUCCGCUUCCAGUUCCAAUAGUCUGGAUCGAAAGUCAUCCACCAGUAGCUUUGAUCAAUUCCGCAAACGAGCUACCGAUAUGGGAACACUAACAAGACGCGGAUCUUUAGAAAGAAAGUCGGAAAAACGUCGCUCCUGGUCCCCGGACGACUUUGCUAACAGCGUCGAAACUUUCCGACCCAUAUCUAUAACUGUGUCUAGCUUCUUCAAGCAAGAACCGGACAAAAUGAAGGAUGAAGAAUUGUACAAAUUCCUCCCGGAACUGAAACGCCCUGGAGCUCUCAUGAAAAAACACAAAUGCAUACCCGGCUCCAUCAAAAUCGAAAUAUCUCCUAUUCCUGAAGAAGUCAAAUGUGCCCUUACUCCUGAACUAGCAAAAAUCGAUCCAUACCCCAACGAUCACACCAGACCGGUAAAAGAAAUCCUCGAGUUUCCCGCAACCCCAAUACUUAAUCCUCACUACAGCUAUCGCAACCUACUCUUCGUAUCCCCUAAAGAGCUAAACUUCUCAACACGCGCCGGGUCUGCUCGCAACAUUGCCGUUCGAGUUCAGCUCAUGUCCGGCGAAAAACAAUCGGAUGCUCUACCAGCCAUUUUUGGAAAAAGCUCGUGCCCAGAAUACACUGCCGAAACUUUCACCGCCGUCAACUAUCACAACAAACAGCCAAUCUUUUACGAUGAAAUAAAAAUAUCCCUUCCGGCCAACCUCAAACAGAAUCACCACAUUCUGUUCACCCUCUUCCACGUGUCCUGCCAGAAGAAACCUCAAGAAAUUCAACCUACCAUCGAGUCCCCGGUCGGUUACACAUGGCUUCCGGUUCUCAAAGACGGCCACCUUAAUGUUGGAGAAUUCAACCUUCCCGUUAUGGUCGAAGAACCCCCAGAUAACUAUUCAUUCAUACCACCGGACGUCCAACUGCCCGGUACCAAGUGGCUGGACAAUCAUCGGCCCGUAUUCUCGGUUACCAUCGAUGCCGUCACUUCGGUGCACGCCAUGGACGACUAUCUGGACAAGUUCAUCUUCCUGUGCGAGUGCCUGGAUCAUCGUAAGGUUCCCCCACGUAUUGGAGAAGGUAACAUGGAACGGGAGUUCAAGAAGUCGCUGCAGGAACUGCAAGCGGCUGAUCAGGAAAAGUUGGUUAAAAAUUUGCAGGUAAUCCUGGACAAGCUGGUUGAGCUGCUGGUGACGACCUAUCGUAUCGGCGGAGAGGCGUUGUCCUUGGGCCAGACCGUCUUCGAAACCAUCUGUCAGAUUUCGGACAAAAUUUCGUUCCUUCAACCGGAAGACCGUUACGGCCGCCAAAACAUCCUUAGCACGUACAUCCAGUUCCAGUGCAAGAUUCCUCACCCACUAGACCCUAAAUGUAAGCUAUCCUCGUACCCGAGCCGUCCAGGUACGGCCAUGGAGGAGAUGACCCGUUCCAGCAGCAAUCCGGAUCUGCACCACAGUCCCUCGAUGGCUCUGGCUUCGCACUCAGAAAUGACCAGCUCUAUGAGUGGAAAGCUGGUUGAUCGAGCUUCCAGCAUGCGGGGUGAGAUGUCUCCCAGCGCCAGUGGACCCAAGGAUGGGUUGGUACGAUUGCUACAUGAGGAAAUUGCUCUUAAUUGGGUGGUCGCAAGCGGAUCGGCUGCUGAGUUAUCGAUGACUAACUCGUGGAUGUUGUUCGAGCUGAUCAUCAAAAGUAUGGUGGAGCACUUGGAUUUGACGAAUUCAUUGAAUUCGAACAGGAAAGGACGAUUUCCGCAUCAAUACACGGAUGAUAUCUCGACAUUGGUCCAUUUGGUAACGACAAAAGUGGUGGGAUACAAUAGCAGCGAUCCAAAAUUGGCCCAAUCUAUCAACAGUAGUCUGGCGUUUUUCAUUUUCGAUCUGUUGAGUAUUAUGGACCGCGGAUUUGUGUAUGGAUUGAUCAAAACUUAUUACAAGGUGAUUAUGACCAAGAGUUCGUCGACCCCGGAUAUGAUACAUUACAAGCUGGACUUUUUGCGGAUUGUGUGCAGUCACGAGCACUUUGUUGCACUAAAUUUGCCUUUUGGAACACCCUACACUGCUUUGUCUGCUCCUUGUAGUCCUACGCCAAGCGUGACUUCAAACAACAGCCAGAACUCUUUCGUGAGUGGACUAGCUGGUAUGGACAAAACAUUGUAUGCUGAACUUAGUGCCGAAUACAGGCAGCAGCACUUCUUGAUAGGACUAGUGCUUCAGGAGUUGGCAACAGUUUUGGACAUCUCCAAUCCUCCACUGCAUGGAAAAGCUAUUCGUUGUUUACGCAAUCUUUUGACGUCACACGAUCUCGAUCCAAGAUAUAGCGAAGUGGAAGCCCGUGCUCGUGUUGCUGCUCUCUACAUUCCUCUGUUGGGUAUAGUAAUGGACACCAUUCCUCAGCUACACACUCCGAUAGCAGAAUCACGUGACCGUUUGAACACUAUCGGUCUCCUGGAGGAUUACCAAGGUCCUACUACAUCCAUCGCUACGACUACGAUCAGUCCAGAGGUGGCUUUUGCAAUUUCGGGAAUCCGAAAUUACAGCUAUGUCCCAGAAACUCCCAAAAACAAAACGGCUCUCAGUAGCGAAAAUACUAGACACCUUUUGUCGUGCUUCUUAUGGGUUGUCAAGAAUCUUGAACAGAACACUUUAUACAAGUAUACCCUCGGGUUGAGUCCUCAUCGGGUACACCAGAUGUUGCAAGUUCUAAAUAUCUGCAUUCCCAACUUUGAGUAUCGAGGUCGCAAAAAGCCAACCUGCAAACGCAACACAUCCAGUUUCCGCAAAACACCGGACAUGAAGGAAAAACUGGAGGAAUGCAUCCGUGGAACGGGUUCUGCCAGGAAUGAUUUAAUCAAUCGCCGCAAGGAUCGCUACUCAACGGAAAAGUUCCGAUGGAAGAAAGAUCAAAUCCGUACCCAGUUCUACGAUAGCAACAUCAAAAACGAAGCUGAAAUGGAAAUCACCUACUACAUCGAAGGAUCUCUGGCGACGGAAGUCUGUCUGGCGAUUCUGGAUUCUCUGGAGCUGAUCGUUCAGGUUGCUUCUAGCUCUGAACUGCACCACAAUCUUCUGGGUACGGUGCUAAAAGUUUUACUUCACGCGCUGUCUCGAAACCAAAGCACGUUAGCGUUGCAGAAUCUGUUUGCCUCGCAGCGAUCACUGAUCUUCAAAUAUCAUAAUUUGCUGUUCGAUGAAGAAACGGAUAGUUGUGCGGAUUUGUGUCUGCUGCUGCUGAAGCACUGUGGAUCACAGCUAGCCUCGGUCAGAUCCCAAGCAGCUGCAUCGCUGUAUUUGCUGAUGAGACAGAACUUCGAAAUUGGAAAUAACUUUGCCCGCGUCAAAAUGCAGGUGACCAUGUCCCUAAGCUCUCUCGUUGGAACGAGCUCUUCUUUUAGUGAACAAUCUCUCCGUCGGGCGUUGAAAACCAUACUGGUGUACGCUGAGUCGGACACCGAUCUGCAGGACACCUCCUUUCCGGAACAGGUUCAAGAUUUGCUGUUCAAUCUGCACAUGAUUUUGUCCGAUACGGUUAAAAUGAAAGAGUAUCAGGAAGAUCCGGAAAUGUUGCUGGAUCUAAUGAACCGUAUCGCUAAGGGGUAUCAAAACUCCCCGGAUCUCCGUUUAACUUGGUUGGAGAACAUGGCCAAGAAGCAUAUGGAACGAGCUAAUCACACGGAAGCAGCCAUGUGCUAUGUUCACAGUGCGGCCCUCGUUGCUGAGUACUUGAGCAUGCUGGAAUCUCAAACACAUCUUCCGGUAGGAGCUGUUUCAUUUAAACACAUUUCUCCGAAUUCGUUGAUGGAAUCAGCUGUAUCGGAUGACGUUUUGAGUCCUGGAGAGGAUGGAAUAUGUCUAGGAAACAGGUUUACCGAAGGUGGUUUAAAAGCUUUGUUGGAGGAAGCGUCGAAUUCUUUCCAAAUAGCUGGAAUGUACGAGGCGAUGAACGAUGUUUAUAAGGUUUUGAUUCCGAUCUGCGAAGCCAACCGUGACUUCCGUAAACUUGGUCAAAUUCAUGGGAAGUUACAAGAAGCUUUCAACCGUAUUGCGCAGCUACAUGGUAAACGAGUCUUCGGCACCUAUUUCCGAGUAGGAUUCUACGGAGCCAAAUUCGGAGAUUUGGAUCAACAAGAGUUCAUCUACAAAGAACCAACGCUGACAAAGCUCCCAGAAAUCUUCAGCAGAUUGCAAAACUUUUAUGCCGAUCGCUUCGGUCCAGAUGUUGUUCAAAUCAUCAAGGAUUCUAACACGGUUGAUCUUAAAACGUUGGAUCCAGAUAAGGCAUACAUUCAAAUUACUUAUGUGGAACCUUAUUUUGAAACUUAUGAGCUACGCUAUCGGGAGACAUAUUUUGAAAGAAAUUUCAACAUAAAACGAUUCAUUUUCGCAACGCCCUUCACAAAAUCGGGAAAAGCUCACGGGGAAUUGCACGAACAGUGCAAACGUAAAACUAUCCUCACAACCGCAAAUCAUUUCCCAUACGUGAAGACCCGCAUUCAGGUGGUAAGCCGGGAGCAGAUCGUACUGGAACCAAUCGAGGUUGCCAUCGAAGAUAUACAGAAGAAAACUGCCGAACUGGCUGCUGCCACAAAUCAGGAACCGGCUGAUCCCAAGAUCCUGCAGAUGGUUUUGCAGGGAUGCAUUGGGACCACCGUUAAUCAAGGCCCAAUGGAGAUGGCCUUGGUGUUUCUUUCUGGCAUAGCCGACAGCACAACUAUUCCCACAAAGCACCAAAACAAGCUGAGACUCUGUUUCAAAGACUUCUCCAAAAAGUGUUCGGAUGCGCUGAAGAAGAAUCGCAACCUCAUUCUUUCGGAUCAGAAGGACUACCAAAAGGAAUUGGAGCGGAACUACGCCCGGUUUACGGAACGGUUGGCUCCGCUUAUUACCAUUAGCCCUUCCCAGGCACAGGGCGUGGUUGCGGCCAACAAUGGAUUGCACAACAACAAACUGACGCCGCUCCGCUGGUAACAGGAAGCUGGUGGCGUCGAAGAGACGCAGAUUUCGUCAUAAUUGUAACUGACGUAGCGGGGCGAUAUUCUCUAUCCCAAACGUAUACAUUUUAUACCAAAAUACUCUAAAGCACACAUUAUUGAUAAUGGCACCGUUUCUUGGAGAUGCUGCAGAAAGAAUCAGUUUAUUCAAAGUUUGUUUUUCAUAUAUUUUUUUAAAAUUUGUUUUUGGUUAAGAUGAUUUAAGAUUUUGUCCCAUGUUCUCAAAUCUCAUACAUAAGUGAUUGAAGAAAGGUUAUUGAACUUAUAGAUUACAUAUUAUAAGAUUUGUAUUCGUUUCCACAGCUGCUUUUCAGCUGGAAAUUCUUCAGCAUUUUAUUCUGUUUAUAAUUUAAAAUUGUGUGCGAGCAAUACUUUACACCAAAAACAAUGACUUAGUGGUUGAUCUUUAUUUACUUAACUUUAUUUUCAUCUCUCUUAAAAAGUUCUCUAUAGUCGAGGUUAAGAAAAAGGGAAAUCUUACACUAUGAUGAUACUAUCUCAUAAUCUCUAGGUCAUACUCGAAUAUAAUUAUGCAACAUUUAGUAAA